ACCCCGACGAGGAGCGGAAGCGAGGCGGUAGUACCGCUUCAGCGACCGGACGGCGGCGGCGGCGGAGACUGUGGCGGUGACGGCGGCGGGAACAGUCGCUGCCCUCGCGGAGCAGCAGCGGGGUCGGCGGCCGCUCGCACCGUUGCGGAGGGGCCGGCCGGGCGCGGAGCGGAGCAGCUGCGCCACGAGCCAGCACAACACAGGAUAUCCUAGGGUGGCAUUGUGUGUCCCGGAGUGCAGGAGCGAGUCCCAGCCGAGAGGCGAGGCUGAGCCCAGAGCACUGGGUUGCUUCAGCAGGGAAGACUCCCUUCCCCCCUGCUUCAGGCUGCUGAGCCCUGAGCCCCGCUCAGAAUGGAAGCCAUCGCCAAAUAUGACUUCAAAGCCACCGCAGACGACGAGCUGAGCUUCAAAAGGGGGGACAUCCUCAAGGUUUUGAAUGAAGAAUGUGAUCAGAACUGGUACAAGGCAGAGCUCAAUGGGAAAGACGGCUUCAUCCCCAAGAAUUACAUAGAAAUGAAACCACAUCCGUGGUUUUUUGGCAAAAUCCCCAGAGCCAAGGCAGAAGAAAUGCUUAGCAAACAGCGGCACGAUGGGGCCUUUCUUAUCCGAGAGAGUGAGAGUGCUCCUGGGGAUUUCUCCCUCUCUGUCAAGUUUGGAAAUGAUGUACAGCACUUCAAGGUGCUCCGAGAUGGGGCUGGAAAGUAUUUCCUCUGGGUGGUCAAGUUCAAUUCUUUGAAUGAGCUGGUAGAUUAUCACAGAUCUACAUCCGUCUCCAGAAACCAGCAGAUAUUUCUCCGGGACAUAGAGCAGGUGCCACAGCAACCGACGUACGUCCAAGCCCUCUUUGACUUUGAUCCCCAAGAGGAUGGAGAGCUGGGAUUCCGUCGGGGAGACUUUAUCCACGUCAUGGAUAACUCAGACCCCAACUGGUGGAAAGGGGCUUGCCACGGGCAGACCGGCAUGUUUCCACGCAAUUACGUCACCCCCGUGAACCGGAACGUCUAAGAGUCAAGAGAUUAUUUAAAGAAAGCGAAAAAUUUUAAACACGUACAAAAGAAUUAAACCCAUGAGCUGCCUCUAUCAGCAGCCUGUGAGGGAGCUCAGAAUACCCAGCUGGGUCACCUGGUGACCCUCUCACUUUGGUUGGAACUCUGGGGGGUGGGCGGGGGAGUUGGAUAUAACAAUGCCAAAACUUACCUAUAAAUUAAGAAAAGAGUUUUUAUUACAAAUUUUCACCACUGCUCCUAUUCCUCCUCCUUUGUCCUUUUUUUCAUCCUGUUUCCUCUUCUGUCCAUCAGUGCAUGACAUUUAAUGCCACAUAUAGUCCUAGCUGAUGCCAAUAAUAAAAGAAAAGAAACCACGUGGGCUGAUAUUUUCUCUAUGCAAAAUGUCUGUUUUAGUCGGGACGACAGAAAGAAGAACAGCCGCUUCUGUGUCCUGCGUUAUAUGCACACACACAGGAGCGGGCCGGGAGCGGGUGGCCCUUGCCCUUUAGCUUCUGCCAGAGGAGGGAGGGCAAGUGGGAACCUGCCUGCCAGCCCCCAGCCACCACCAGAAUGUUGUGUCAGAGUUGGAUGGGAGUGGGGGGGGGGUGCGCCCCUCAGGGCUUCCUGCGAGCCAGGCCCCAAACCUGUGUCUCUCUUCCACAUUGGUUUCCCUUUCAGAUGGUGUUCCUGAGCAUGUUGUUUUUCUUAGUGCCUUCUGCCUUAUUUCAAGGGUUGCUUAUGAGUGGUGGUUUUUAUUUGUUUUGUUUUAAAAAUAAGUUAAAGACAGCCAAUUUGUUUCCUACUCUGUGUAAAUAUUUUUUCCCUCGGGGGAGGGGAGGACAGGGUAGGGAAGAGGAGACGAGUGAGAUGAGGGUGUGGGCGUCCUGCCUGUGCACAGCCGGAGUCUUUAAGGUUCAGCUUUAAUAUUUGUAGCCCCUGGAGGUUAAGGGAGCCGGAGCCCCAGGGCACAGUGGGACCGGGUUACAGCCCUCCCCGCAUCUGACUGGAUCUGGCUGCAAGGGGGGCCAGGGUCCUUGACCUUGCGGUCUCAGGUGUUGUCUGUCCCCUCCGUAGCCCCAGACGCCCCCAGACACCAGUCUCUGGAGCCAGCAAGUUUCAAAUGCAGGAAGGUUUAAACUGUAUCAGGGUCUACCGUGUUCCUAUACUGGGGUGGGGUGUGCGGGCAGGAUGAGCGUUCUCCCUUCAUUUUUCUUGCUCUGAAAGCUAGGGGUAUCUGUUCAGGGCUUUCACCUUUUGUGUCCCCCACCUGAGCUGCCCAGGUGAGCUCCAGGCCGCAUUCAGGAAGCAGCUGGGUGGUUUUUCACGUCUCCAUUCACAGCGGGCUGUGUUCAUAGCUGCUCCACCCGACCCCCUGAAAAGGAAGUGUAUCCGUGACGCAGUGACAGUUGGAAGGAAGAUUGGAACGAUAGGAACGCUGAGUCCGUUGCAAAGCUCUUUCUGUCCGUCUCCCGUUGGCUUCUUGUCCCUUGCGGUGAUGUGCCUGUGGUCAUCCUCUCCCCACCCUUCCCACAACAAAAACGGGGCCACUGGGAGUUGCUGGCGGCCUUUGGCUUCUGAAGCGGUCGGUCGGCGUCUCCCCUGGACUCUGGUUAUGGAGCCGGACUCGGCCUGCAGCGGCCGGGGGCCCAGGAGGCGCUGCCCUCCCAGACAGAGCGUCCGCCUCUCGUCACCCCGUCCACUGGCUUCUCCUCUCCUUGCUGGUGAUGCGAGGAAUGUCUGGCAUUCUGCACCUGGACCAUUUGAUUGUUUUAUUUUGGAAUUGGUGUAUAUCAUGAAGCCUUGCAGAACUAAGUUGUGUGUGUAUAUAUUUAAAAGAAAAUCAGUGUUUAAAUAAAAGGACCUGUGUACUUAAUCCUUUAACUCUGCGGGUAGCAUUUGGUAGGUAGUGAUUAACUGUGAAUAAUAAACAUACAAUGAAUUCUU